GAACCUCGAGGGAGGAAACUCGACCAUGGUCUUGUAGCAUCGAGACGAUGUUCAGAGGUGCCUCGAUGACGAGGAAUUGGAUCCUCUGAUUUUGCCGUAUACACUAAUAUUAUUUAAUGAAAUAUAGGUGGUAUAUAAAUAUUUGACCAGACCUAUAAAAUAACCGACCCAUCUGGAUCAACCCAAUCCCAAAUCCUUCUUCUCCAAAGACAAGCAAGCAUAUUGAAUGUAUAAGUAAAAUUAGUAUAAUAUAAAAUAAUCAAUCUACCUAAACAAACCAUAGAAACUCAAUAUACAUAUUUUCCCAUCUCUCACGAUCUUCUUCUCCACUUUUUAUCAAAACAAUGGGAGACAACUUUGUUCCACACAUUGAGUCUGAUUUAGGUUUAAAUUAAUUAAAUUUGCUUUUGCUUUCUUUUUAUUCUGAGUUUCGUGUCUGGUUCUGAGAAGUUUGAGGAAGGCAUAAAGAGUUCGAAAGCUGACUGUGAUUAUGUGUCCGAAGCCCCUUUUGUUUGAUGCUUCCGUAUAAAGGUAUUUUAUUUUUUAAUGACAAUAACUUUGUGAUUGAUGUAUGUACUUUGUGCAUAUUGAGCUGUUGAAUGUGUCUGUUGUUGCAUGUCUUGCCGCCUGCGAGGUGUUUGAUUUUUUGCUCAGUAGAGUGAUACUUUUACUAUGUUCAGUUUCACUCUUUUAUCUCUAGUUUUUUUUUGCGUAAUCUUUGCGUUCUUCUUGCGCAAAAUUUCUCUACCUUUCCUAUGUGUCAAAAUGUCAAGCCUUUUACUAUUAUAAACGAGAAAUUCAAAUCCGGAUGCCAAAGGAUCUACAUAGUACAUGAUUGUGUGGCUAUUAUAUAGCUGAAAUAUUGCUCAGUAUUUUGGAGUUGAAGAAUUCUGCAAGUUAAAAUUUAAGUUAGUGCAUAUGAUAGGGAAUGAGGGAAUGAAGAAGAAGAUAUUUGCUUUAUUUGACUUUGGAUCCGUGGAUAAACAUGUUUUGAUAAUGGUUCCAAAUUCGGAUUCUGCAUGAUAAUCUUCUAGGUGAAUAUUACUUUGCUGCGAUAUUUCAAAUGGGCGUACAAGUAUCAGUUAGAAAAUAACCAGAAUCUUCUUUUUUCUUACUUGAGAAUUUGAAUGGCUUAACUGGAAACUUGAAACUAUGAAAUCAUCCGGUAAAAAAAGGGCGACAAAUUCUCGUAAAAAGAAAAAAGUCAUAAUCCAUAGAAUGGUUGGAGACUUUCUCAACAUUUUAUUUUACCAUAACUUCUUAACAUGACUAUACCUGUGCUGGUCAGCUACAUGCGACAUGAAUGGUAGGUAUCUGUCUAAACCUUAUUUUGGGUGGUUUAGUGCUCCAAGUAAGCGUAUUAUCCUCCUACACUUAGAUCUCCUCAGUGUAUUAGAUCCCCAUAAUGUAUUCUCUCUUUUAUGGAUUGUUUUCAUAUUUAACAUAAAUGAACAGACCUUGAAACCCCUUAAAAUUGGGUCAAAAUGAUUGGUAGCCAUAAAAAUCUCAGCAGUUUCUCUGCAAUGCUCUCACUCUCGGGUGGCUCCCUUUUCCCAUAUUUUUUAAUAUACUCCUUGAAAAGCUCCAUUUGGGCUUAUGGAGGGAUGGGUUCUUCUUUAGCUGCUAUCAUUUUUCUGAAUUGAGUGUGCAUUGUGUUUGCUUUCUUUCUCUAGGCCAUGUUGUGCUUGAUGGAUUCUUUAAUUGGAUUAUUACGGUUGUUUUACCACUUUGCUACUGCCAAUUGUUGUAUGACAAAGUGCUUUCACAGCAUGACAUUGGAACAACCAUUUUAUAGAUUUAAGUUUAAGUAGGUUCGACAUAAUAAGACACAGCAUUUCAUGAAUUCUAUAAUGUUGUAGGAAAGGACUUUAUAAGCGUAGUCGCAAAAUGCAAUUUACUUUACACUUUGAAAAUUCUCUAAUUGGUGUCUAUUUUUCUAUGAGCAUGUGUUGUAUGGCUAUGUAACUGAUUGAUUGCAUUCUUUGGUCCAAUGUAAGUUGUGUAAACAAGUAUAAAUAGGAAUAUCGUGAAUUUAGACUUUUUUUUUGUUGUCAGCGUGAAUAAUGGGGCCGAGGUGGAAAGGAAAAGGGGCCGAAGUUAAAGCUCUUGCAGAUCCCAUUUCAGAAAUAGUAAUCCAGCUUCAAUCUUCUCUGAUCUGCUCAAACUCUCGAGGACUGCUUUCUGAUACGAAUGUGCUUCUUAAAGCAGACACAGAACAAACUGAGCUCCUCAAUCGUGCAUGUUUUGGUAGGCCCAGGGUAACGACAGAAAAGAAUGAGCAAUGGUUUCAGCUCUGCAUGGAAGAAGCUUUUUACCUUCAGUAUUCUCUAAAAUGCAUUAAGGUUGUUGACCACAAUGACACUGAACUGAACAGUGAUGAGGUAUGGAGGCAUAUGACAUCCAGGAGGGAAAAUUUUCCUAUCUUAUUCAAAGCUUUUUCUCACCUUAGAAGUAAGAACUGGGUGGUUAGAUCGGGCUCCCAGUACGGGGUAGACUUUGUUGCUUAUCGUCAUCAUCCUGCUCUAGUACAUUCUGAAUAUGCUGUGCUUGCUUUAUCUUCACAAAGUGGUAGUGCAAAUGGUCGCUUGAGGGUUUGGUCUGACUUCCAUUGCACUCUUCGACUUUGUGGUAGUGUGGCGAAAACGUUACUAAUUCUUGACAUUGAGCAACAACAAAGUUGUGCAACUAAUCCGUCGUGCUUAGAUAACUAUGUUGUUGAAGAGAGAACAAUCACAAGAUGGAGUUCGGAGCAAGGCCGCAAAACAAAACCUAUGUUUGACCCAAGUAAAAAGUAGAUCGUCUGGUUCAAGAUUAACUCCUACUUCACAUGUUGUACUAGUUUAGCAAUUGUAAUGUGAUUUAGAAGCAUUACGAUUAAUACUAUGUAUUACUAUUAAUACUUUGCAUACUGUAUUUAUUCCUACAACUUUGUUGCAGGCAUUUUGGCCGACUUUUAUGCCCAGCAAAAUGGUAAACUAUGCCUUCUUAUUUCACCAUCGAUGCUCUUUUAAGUAAAA